AUGAAUGAUAAUGUUAAAGCUGUAAACAAUCGAUGUGGUCUAAGUCAACGUAAAAUUGGACGACGAUUUCGAGUGAAUCAUUCAACCAUUUCACGUAAUCUUCGACGACGAACUUCAGUUGUUAUAAGGAAACGUCGAAAAGCUCCGAAAAUGAAUAGUGAACAGCAACAAAUACGAGCACGAAAAAACUGUGCAAGAGCUCAUUAUUCAAAUAUCGUUCAACAACUUUUAAACGAGAAAAAUAUACCAUUUAUUGCUCCUGCUGACAAUCCACCAAAUGCGGCACAAGCUCGUCCCAUUGAAAUCGUAUGGAUUCUACUUGAACGAAAAAUAUAUGAAAACAAUUGGGCAGCAAAAAAUAGUGAUUAUUUGGCUAAGAGAAUUGAGCAAAAGGCAAAAGAGCUUGAUCGGAAAAUGUUGCAAGCCAUGGUGGAGGAUGUACGGAAGAAGCUUCGAGCUAUGUGGCGCGAUGGACUUUAUUCGGUUAUCUAA